AUGCCGUCCUUUUACGCUGCAGCCAUGAAUAAUGGCUUCCCGCCAACGCCUCCCCACAUUCAUAUCGAUACUCGAAUGGAGGUUGACCAGGCGUAUUAUCCAACCGGCCACCCCGGCCAUGCUGCGAGGUACGCCAAUGGGUGUGACUUGCCUGACCAAUAUCCGCCGUCAACGGCUUACGGCAAUCGUCCUUCAAUGCCGGCACACCAGCAUCAGUUACAUUCCGCCCGUGUCAACCGGGAAAUGAAGCCGUCCAACAUGUCGCAGCCGCAGGUUCCGAUGUACCCCUCCAUGAACACCGGCACCAGUCUCCCGCCUCUAAGAUCAAACACGACGCUCCCCCCAAUGGACAGCGCGAUUCCAUCGCAAUACAGGCGUCGGGAGCCGACUGCCCAGCAGGAACAGAGGCCCAAGGAACAAAGAUCAACUGGUGGUGUUGCAGCACACUUGGAUUACGAUAUGGAUCAGAUGACAGAUUUUGUGGCAGAGAUGGCCCAGGGAAUGUAUGCUUUGUACACGUCCAAGAUCAGACUUUCAGAUAUUGACAUUAUUCGAAGCGUUUACCCAGGAACAACAGUGCCGCGACAGUUCAGGAAAUAUGUUUAUCAGAUUCUUUCGUCAACGCGUCUACCCAGCUCGACCAUCCUUUUGGGGCUUUACUACCUCGCUUCGAGGAUGCGCAUGCUCUCCUCUGGGGAAGUGUACGCAUCUGGAACCGGUGAAGUUUACCGCAUGCUCACGAUUGGUCUACUCCUGGGCAGCAAAUUUCUCGAUGACAAUACCUUUCAAAAUCGAUCGUGGUCGGAGGUUAGCAAUAUUCCAGUUUCGGACUUGAAUUCAAUGGAGCUGGACUGGUUGUUUGCAUUCGAUUGGAAGAUCCAUAAUCGCAUUCACAGUCAGAGCGACGGUUUCAUGACAUGGAAAGCACACUGGGAUACGUGGCGUGCGAAGUCUGACGCUCGGGUUUAUGAUUCUCGUACUAAAUUGGCCCCGAUUGAUACGAACAUCCAGCGCCAACAUUCGAUCCCAAAGCCCUUACUCUCACCAGAGGGACCCAUUCCCCCUCAGUAUCAGAGGAGCGGGUGGUUGACUCCGAUGAGUUCCGAUUAUUCACCGCCGUCUGCGCCCCAUACUGGUCCUACUACUCCGGACUAUUAUCAAGUUGCGCCAUGGCCAUUAUUCAACAAUCCGGCUCAGUUUUCUCGUCCUUGGGUUCUCCCUCAACAAUUUGUCACCUCUCGGUCCCAACCGCAAUCCUAUCAGCACACUCCAUCGUAUGCUCAAGCAUUCUCUCCAACUGUGUGGACUGGGCAUGGAAAUGCAUGCGGCUGCUUGUACUGUGCCAAAAGCCAGGAGCAUUACCUCCCGACAGUCCCCUUUGGCGUUCAGCCAGUGGCUGGAUAG